AACACAGUGACGCUCCGCUGCGUGGCCCAGCAGCAAGCAGAUUCGCCUUAAAUACUGUUUUUGGACGAGCCAUACAUACACUACUCACAUUCACAGCCUCAUAUGCAAUCACAUAAACAAAAGACACGCGAGGACUGGUCGUCGGGGGCGCAAUGGCAAGGAAAAGUGCAAUUCCCCCUUCAUACUAUGGGGAGCCACACAAAUUUGACCCCACAUUCCGAGGACCUAUUCACAAUAGGGGCUGCACAGACGUGCUUUGCUGUGUGAUCUUCGUCAUCGUCAUCCUCGGUUACAUCGCUCUGGGAACAGUGGCUUGGAUGCAUGGGGACCCACGGAAAGUGGUCUACCCAACAGACAGUUAUGGGCAGUUCUGCGGACAGCAGGGCACUCUUAAUGCAAAUAAAGCCAUAUUAUUUUACUUCAAUAUUUUACAAUGUGCCAAUCCUACAGUCCUCAUUAACCUUCAGUGCCCUACAACUCAGCUGUGUGUAUCCAAGUGCCCGGACAGAUUUGCCACAUACAUAGACAUGCAAUACAACUAUAGACGCAAUAAGAGCUACUGGGAAUACUACAAGCAAUUCUGCAAACCAGGCUUUAAUGACCCUGAUAAGCCGGUUGCUCAGGUGCUAAGGGAUGAAGAUUGUCCCUCCAUGAUUGUGCCAAGUAGACCAUUUCUCCAGAGGUGUUUUCCUGAUUUCAUCACCAGAAAUGGGACGUUAACUGUUGCCAACAAAACAAGCUUCAAAGAUGGACUCGGUAAAACCAGGAGUGUCAUCGAUCUGAGAGACGCAGCAAAGCAAGAGAAGACAGUUUUAUCUGGUGGCAUCACCAGCCUGUUGGAUGCCAAGGAGGUGGGCAUCAAGAUCUUUGAGGAUUAUGCCAGCUCAUGGUUUUGGAUCCUAAUUGGUCUGGUGAUAAGCAUGCUGGUCAGUCUGCUCUUUAUUCUGCUGCUGAGGUUCACUGCAGGCGUUCUCUUCUGGAUGGUCAUCUUUGGGGUCAUCGCAGCAGGGGGCUAUGGAAUAUGGCAUUGUUAUUGGGAGUACAGUUCACUCAAGGGGAAUCCAGACUCUGAUAUCACCAUCUCAGACAUUGGAUUUCAGACUGACUUCCGCGUUUACCUUCAACUGAGUCAAACCUGGCUGAUAUUCAUGAUCUCCUUGGCUGUUAUUGAGGCUAUCAUCAUCUUAGUGCUGAUAUUUCUAAGAAACAGAGUUCGUAUUGCCAUCGCUCUGCUAAAGGAAGGGAGCAAGGCGAUUGGCUGCAUCAUGUUGACACUGUUCUAUCCCAUCAUCACCUUCCUGCUGCUGGCUCUCUGCAUAGCUUACUGGGCCAUUACAGCUGUAUUUCUAGCAUCAUCUGGAGAGCCAGUGUACAAAGUAAUGUCAACACUGCAUGACUGCAAGUAUACAAACCUCACUUGUGACCCAGAGACCUUCAGCCAAUCAAACGUGACUAAACUGUGUCCGGGCUCCCAGUGCACAUUUGCUUUUUAUGGUGGAGAGAGUGUGUACCACCAUUACAUCUUUGUUCUUCAACUCUGCAAUCUGUUUGUCUUCCUCUGGCUGGUCAAUUUCACCAUCGCCCUGGGCCAGUGCACCCUUGCAGGUGCUUUUGCCUCUUACUACUGGGCCUUAAGAAAACCUGCUGACAUUCCACCUUACCCCUUGGCUUCAUCAUUUGGAAAGGCUUUAAGGUAUCACACUGGCUCGCUUGCAUUUGGAGCUUUGAUUUUGUCCAUUGUACAAUUCAUACGGAUUAUUCUGGAGUAUCUCGACCACAAACUGAAAGGUGCUCACAAUGCUUUUGCGCGCUUCCUGUUGUGCUGCCUCAAAUGCUGCUUCUGGUGCCUUGAGCACUUCAUCAAGUUCAUGAACAGGAAUGCUUACAUUAUGAUUGCAAUAUACGGCAAGAAUUUCUGUGCCUCAGCACGGGACGCUUUCUUCCUUUUAAUGAGGAACGUUAUGAGAGUUGCUGUUCUGGACAAGGUGACUGACUUCCUGCUGUUUUUAGGCAAACUGCUGAUCUCAGGAAGUGUGGGUGUCCUUGCUUUCUUUUUCUUCACCCGCCAAAUUCCGGUUAUCCAGGAAGAGGUGCCAUCAUUAAAUUACUAUUGGGUCCCUCUACUGACUGUGAUAUUUGGAUCUUAUAUGAUUGCACACGGAUUCUUCAACGUUUAUGCCAUGUGUGUGGAUACAUUGUUCCUCUGCUUCUGUGAAGAUCUUGAAAGGAAUGAUGGCAGUCCUUCUAAACCUUAUUACAUGCCUCCCGGAUUGCAUAGGAUACUUAAAAAAAACUGAUAAUGCAAUCCAAAAUUAUUGUAUGCUGUGUCCUGAACUUCCCAUCUCAGUGGGACUUAAAGAACAUUGCUACUACUGUAGCACACUGCAUCUAUUCUGCAGCCAGGCAUGGCCUUCUGGAAUAUGGAAUCAGGAGCCAAUAACAUCCCUAGCAUUCCAUCCCUUCACCUUUGAACUAUCUUUGCUGCCUUUUAGCUUUACUGUUUUUUUCUACUGGUAUUACAUUAUGCCCAUCAUUGCCUUACCCACUUGUCUAACAAAAUUAAAAGGAUAGUUCACCCAAAAAUUCAACUUUUGUCAUUGUGUUGUUCCAAACCCAUAUGACUUUCUUUCUUCCAUGGAACACAAAAUGAGGUGUAAGGUCAUGUUAGCCUCAGACAGUACUUUCACAGCAUCUUUUUAUAUUUGUAACAUAUAAUAAACGUGAAUGGUGAUUUAGGCUGUCAUUCUGCCUAACACCUUCUUUACUGCUCCAUGAAAGACAGUUAUUACAUCAUGAGGGGGAAAUGAUGACAGAAUUAUUAUUUUUGGAUUGAGCAAUUACUUUCAGGUUUGAUAAUACUCGGGUAACCAAUAAUUAAGCAAGUCAAAGUGGAAGGCUUUGUUCUAGAUAUGUACUCUGUAAUAAGUAAAGAUCUUGUAUCUUGCAGUAUCUGUUAGUUUCCUUGUACUCUUUGUGUACAAAACUUGAUUUUAAGCCAGUUCUGUUUUAUAAGCUCAUACAGUACAUUGAUGUGCACAUGGAUGGACUGAUAUUAAUCUGUGAGGCACAUACAUUUUAUAUUAGCUUUGUCAUAACAUAAUUGCUAAUGUCCAUUGUAUGGAAGGAAUCGGAGUAGUUACAGUGUAUAUUCUCUUAUAACAAUGUUUUGAAAGAAUCUAUGAAUUUUCAGGUGUUCUGAUGGCAGUAUUUAGUAAAUGUGCCUAGUUUUAAAAGGAGGAGUGUUACUCUCCUUUGUUUUGUUUUUUAGUUUUUUUUUGCAAUCAACCUAUACCUUUUUCAAGUUUAUGUAAGGAAUAUACAGUAUAAUCCUUUUUUUGUAAUUUUGUAAUGUUCUGACCAGGCUUGUUCCUGUGUCUACUCUGUGAGGUUCGGUACAAAUAUAUGUCUUUUAACGGGGAAGUUUUUGUAAAAAAUUAAAUAAAAGUGUUUUUCCUUUAGAAUAAAGCUGAUCUAAAUAUUAUUGUUUAAUUCACAUUUUUUUUUUUCCAUACUUCAUUAUGUCAACAAAUAAAAUCAACAUU